GCAACAAAGCAACCCGAGCUAGCUUCCCUGCCGGAAAGCCCGGGGUCUUCACAAUCUUUGCCAGCCUGCGUCUGCCUGCUUUUUCCAGCCAGCCCACUAGCGCAAGCCAGUCCUCGCUUGCUGCUGCCCGCCCCCUGGAAGGGUUUAGAGUGGGCACAUACAGCAGCCUAUACGCCACCUGGGCUCCCAUCUGUUAUAGACGCCAAGUGCACCCUGCACAUCUCCUGUGCACGUUCCGUGUGCGCUUUCCGCUCCUUCUGCUUGGUCUCGUGGACCUCGUCCUCCUGCCCUCUCUUCGACUACACCGCGAAGAAGCCGUGUUCGUGCACUCUUUUCCUGACAAUGAUACCAGCCCAAGGGCUCGCCCAACCGUUGUCGAACCUCACUCUCGAGUCUACCAUGGGGUACGACGAAUGAUAGCGGUCGCUAGCACCGGUUAUCCUGCGCUACAUUGAGUUGCCGCGAGGGCGACGGAACAAACAGAUUCAGACCCAGUGGCCGGCUACUUGGUCAACCCUCAGCACCCGUCACCUUGUUCGGCACGAUAGCUCAACUAAAAGCUGGUCAGCAAACAAUCGGCCUGACCAAGCAUCGUUGUGGCCCGCCUCGGCCAUGGAAUACGUCGCAGACGAGCAACCUUGCCCGUUUCAACCACCACUGGUGUUCCGCCGACGCGAGCGAGAGCGCAAGCAGCGCUGGAGAGCGAGAGUUCGGUUGUAGCAUCAUGUCUCCAGAUUCGCUCCACCGUCGCACGGCCAGCAGCGGCUCGUUUGCCAAUGAUGACUCGGUGACGGACGUGGAGAAUCCAUCGUGCUCAUCCUCCCCCGCUUCCGUGGAUGAGCCGAGGCUUGGCUCGCGUCUGGCUGCCUCCCGGAUCGCUGGCGUGAGCAGCCUGAUCAACAGAUUAAACAGGCAAAACCUUUGGCCCGAUACCCAAGACGACCACCCCGACUCCGUUUUGGUACAGGCUGCGGUACCCCAGUCGCCGUCGGACAUCAGCAUGUCCGACUUGGACACACAGGAGGAGAAGGACCAGCUCCCGAAUGCGCCAAUCCAUGCCGUGGGGGAGACUCCCGUCCAGGCUGCCGCCCCUGAGACACCCGAAUCGAUAUCCGACCUCCGAGGACUGACCAGGGAGCAGCACUUGAGGCAAAUACGCCGCAACGGACCCGCUGACAGAACCAAGAUGUUAUCUCUCCUUGAGGGCAUGAUGGUCAAAUCGGAUCAGUGUAAUGUGCGCAGACCGUCCAUCUCUAGAGGGGCAUCUGCGCCACGCCCGAUAGCCACGACAGGGCCACCAUCUGCCAGCACGGCGGUCGCUCCGAGCGCUGCUACCCCCUCCGCAUCGACCCCAAAAACAGUCGAAGCAUCAAAAGCAAUGCCGCGACCAUCUCGUCCGCCCCCGCUGCGCCCGGCCGAAGGAUGCGCCGACGUGAUCGAGGUGGACUCGGCUGAGGACGACGACGAGGACGCGUGGCAGAGCUGGCAGAAGGGGCGCGAGACGGCGGCGCUGCUGCGCGCCGCCAAGGCACCUGCGGGCAUACGCAAGAACGGCCUGGCGCGUAUGCACUACACGUCGCAGGAGGUGGCGCUGCGGUGCCCAAAUGUGGUCAUGAGCAAGCCACGCAUGCGCAAACGGAGGAAAGAGGCCGAGGAUCCCGCCAAGGCCAGCGGACGUGGAGGUCCUCCCAGUAUCUCGGCGGCACUGCCGACACCAUAGCCGCCGUCCCCUCGGUGCCCUCGGCCUCAAACGCUGCUUCUCACCCCCACGCGCCUACCACGACACCCUGAAGGCGGGUCCGGCGCUAGCAUUUCUUUCUAUCAGGCGUGUUUUUUGGCGCCACCAUACGUGUGAACAAGCUCACGCGCGCAAGUUCCAGUCCUUGCAGUGGUCUUUUUUCCUUCUCUCACUCUCCCUUCAUCGAUUUUAACAUCUGGGAGAUGGUAUAUACCCUUUUGCUUUUCGGAUACCUAUUACGUUGGUCUUCCACCCCGCACAACCACGGAUGCGGAUGUGGGAGAGAGCAUAUGCAUUGCGUCCAAGGGAGCGUUACAUGUCGACGGGAUCUGGAGUUUUCUUAAAUGUCUGCAUUAGCGGUAGGAUAGGCACACAGUACAUACCGGGCACAUAAAGGGAGUGUUUUCAUCUGCCUUUUCGUCCCUCUCAUCACACGUGCCGACGCGUGAGC